GUGAGCCAGAAUAUAAAAACCGAAUUCGAAUUUCAUUUACUGUUUUCAGCUGAUAUUUCUAGAAUUUUUAUAAGUACAAGUGUUGGAGUUUGUGAGUUUCAUGCUUUUUCUUAAUCAGUGUAACGUUUCGCAAGGUUAGUGCUAUAUUUCGAAGCAAUCCUUAAUGCUGCUCGUGAGGUUGAGUUUUGUUGUGAGAAGGCCGUGCCUGAAAAUUCCGAAUGGUUUCAGAAAAUUUUGCGCCGAAGCAGAACUUUUAGUGGAAGAUGGUAGCAAGUCAAGAAACUCAAAUGUUACACGGCCUAUUUAUUGUGAUUUUCAAGCAACUACCCGACAGAUCCUCGUGUUCUAGAUGCUAUGUUACCUUUUUAUAUGAGUCAGUUUGGUAACCCACAUUCACGAACACAUGCCUAUGGCUGGGAAAGCGAGGAUGCUGUUGAAAAUGCCAGAAAGGAAGUGGCCUGUCUCAUUAAUGCUGAUCCGAAAGAGAUUAUCUUCACUAGUGGUGCUACGGAAAGUAACAAUAUUGCUCUGAAAGGAGUGGCCAAGUUUUACUAUCCGAAAAAGAAAAACAUCGUGACAACCCAAAUUGAACAUAAGUGUGUUUUAGACUCCUGCAGGGUCUUGGAAAAUGCAGGAUUUGAUGUAACUUAUUUGCCUGUUCAGAAAAAUGGGAUUUUAGACCUUCAGGUUUUAGAACAGUCAAUAAAACCUGAGACAAGCUUAGUCUCAGUAAUGUCUGUGAAUAAUGAAAUUGGUGUCCGUCAGCCUAUUGAGGAAAUUGGGAAACUAUGUCGUAGUAAAGGAGUUUUCUUCCAUACUGACGCCGCUCAAGCUGUUGGGAAGCUGCCACUGGAUGUUAAUUCAAUGAACAUAGAUCUCAUGUCUAUUAGUGGUCACAAGCUGUAUGGUCCCAAAGGCAUUGGCGCUCUUUAUGUACGUCGUCGACCAAGGGUCCGGUUGGAAGCCCAACAGAGUGGGGGUGGGCAGGAACGGGGUUUGCGAUCUGGUACUCUUCCUACAGCCUUAGUGGUUGGAUUAGGAGAAGCCUGUCGAGUAGCGGGUGAAGAAAUGGAGGAGGACCACGAACAUAUUUCCUUAUUGAGUAAACGUUUAAUCAAUGGCAUUACAUCUCAAAUUGAGCAUGUUACUCUCAAUGGUGAUCCAGUUCAACGUUAUCCAGGUUGCAUAAACUUCAGUUUUGCAUGUGUAGAAGGUGAAAGUUUGCUUAUGGCUUUAAAGAAUAUUGCCUUAUCAUCCGGCAGUGCUUGCACGUCUGCUUCAUUGGAACCUUCAUAUGUCCUACGAGCAAUCGGAACUGAAGAGGAUCUAGCGCAUUCUAGUAUUCGAUUUGGAAUUGGACGGUUCACUACUGUAGAGGAGGUUGAUUUUACAAUAACUCAGGUUGUAAAACAUGUCAAACGACUACGUGAAAUGAGCCCGUUAUGGGAGAUGGUCUCAGAAGGGAUUGAUAUAAAGUCUAUACAAUGGACACAACACUAACUUGUCUAAUAAUUCUGUUUCUUCGCCUUUGAACUGACUAAAGAGAUUCUUGUAUUGUUAAGUUGCAAACUUGUGAUCAAAUGAAAUUUUCCUGAUAUAUUUUAUUUAAUUAAUCACGCCUUACACAUUUUGAUUUCGUUUGAAAAAUAUAUUUAGUGUUAAUG